UCUUAUAAAUUUAGUGUUGGCUAUCCAUCUAUCGAGAUUCUGUAAUAUUGAAGAUAUGAACUGUUAAUAUUUUAUGAAAAACUCGGAGGGGACAAACUGUCGUUUUAACUGUAAGAAAAGCACAAAGCGGUAAAGUGCAAGUGAAUGUUCAGAAUGUCUAAUUAAUAAAUUCAUUUUGUUCCCGCUUUUUUUAUUAUUAUUUUAUUUAAUCGGCAAAUCAAAAGGAAAGCAAAGCUCCGCUUUUCCAGCGGCACUUUACUACAUUUUUUCAAGGCUUUAGACACACCCCAAAUGCCUACAGUGACACUUGCUUCAUUUCACUUCUUCACCUUUUAUGGUGUAAUUCAAAGCAGCUGUAAGAUUUGAUUUAGGCAUUUUUAAGCUUUGAUAGCAAAAGCAUAAGCAUGACCCACAUGGUAAAAAGGGAGGCCCAUUGCUUUGGACAGUUGCAAUCUUUGGUUUUGAACAUCACUUGUUUGACAAAAAUGGCCAAAGAAGAACUUCACCAACAGCUACUUCUCCAACUGGGUCUCCUUCUCUGUCUCUCUCCCUUAACCCCACUUUCUUCCUCCUUUAUUCUUUCUCUUCAUCUUCACGCUCUGCUUUUCGUUGUUUUCUCUUUGGCAUGGAGAAGCUCCACCAGCAACAACAGCAGCAGCAACUCUCCUUGGCUAAGUGUUCCAGGCAGCGAUGCAAUGAAUGGAUUUUUCGGGAUGUCCCUAGUGAUAUCACGAUAGAAGUGAGUGGAGGGACAUUCGCAUUGCAUAAGUUCCCUCUUGUCUCUCGCAGUGGACGAAUCAGAAAGUUGGUUGCAGAACAUAGGGAUGCUGAUAUCUCAAGGGUGGAGCUUCUUAACCUACCAGGAGGAGCAGAGUCAUUUGAAUUGGCUGCAAAAUUCUGUUAUGGCAUUAACUUUGAAAUUACGUCUGCAAACGUUGCUCAGCUGUGUUGUGUUUCUGAUUACCUUGAAAUGACCGAAGAGUUUUCAAAAGACAAUCUUGGUUCUCGUGCUGAAGAAUAUCUAGAGAGUAUUGUUUGCAAGAACCUUGAAAUGUGCGUUGAAGUUUUGCAACAAUGUGAGAAUCUACUUCCUCUUGCUGAUGAGCUGAAAAUAGUUAGCCGUUGCAUAGAUGCAAUAGCUUCAAAGGCAUGUGCUGAGCAAAUUGCCUCAAGCUUUUCACGUUUGGAGUAUAGCAGUUCAGGGAGACUUCACAUGAACAAGCAAGCCAAGUGUGAGGGGGACUGGUGGAUAGAAGAUCUUUCUGUUCUCUGGAUUGACCUGUACCAAAGAGUAAUGACAGCUAUGAAAUGCCGUGGGGUCCGUCCUGAGAGUAUUGGAGCAUCACUUGUGAACUAUGCUCAGAAGGAAUUGACAAAGAAAUGUAGUUUAUGGAAUCCUUCUAGUCAGACAAAGGUUGAUCUGAUUUCAACGGGGCAUGAAAGACUUGUGGUUGAGACAAUUGUCAACCUUUUGCCUGUUGAGAAACUUGCAGUUCCAAUCAGUUUUCUUUUUGGUCUUUUGCGUAGUGCUGUCAUGCUUGAUUGUACAAUUGCUUGUAGACUUGAUCUAGAGAGGCGAAUUGGUUCCCAGUUGGAUAUUGCAAUUCUUGAUGAUCUUCUGAUUCCAUCCUUCCGACAUGCAGGUGAUACCUUGUUUGAUGUUGACACAGUUCAUAGGAUCUUGGUAAACUUCUCACAGCAAGAUGACAGUGAAGAUGAUAUGGAAGAUGCUUCUGUUUUUGAAUCUGAUAGUCCUCAUUCACCGUCUCAAACUGCAUUGUUUAAGGUGGCAAAAUUAGUAGACAACUACCUAGCAGAAAUUGCUCCUGAUGCAAACCUCAAGCUUUCCAAGUUCAUGGUGAUCGCAGAGACUUUACCAUCACAUGCACGUACCAUACAUGAUGGUCUAUAUCGAGCAAUUGAUAUUUACCUUAAAGCUCAUCAGGGUUUAUCAGAUUCUGACAGGAAGAAGCUCUGCAAACUUAUUGAUUUUCAGAAGCUCUCACAAGAAGCUGGUGCUCAUGCUGCACAAAAUGAACGCCUGCCCCUCCAAGCUAUUGUUCAAGUGCUUUAUUUUGAGCAAAUAAGGCUCAGAAAUUCGUUGUGCUGCUCCUACGGUGAUGAAGACCACAAACCAAUGCACCAGUCAUGGAGGAUCAGCAGUGGUGCACUCAGUGCAGCAAUGUCUCCACGAGACAACUAUGCAUCACUUAGGCGAGAAAACCGAGAGUUGAAACUUGAGUUAGCUCGAUUACGGAUGAGAUUAAAUGAUCUGGAGAAAGAACAUGUUUGUAUGAAGAGAGAUAUGCAAAAGUCUCAUUCUCGAAAAUUCAUGAGUUCUUUCUCCAAGAAAAUUGGUAAGCUGAGCUUCUUUGGGCAUAGUUCUUCUAGGGGAUCAAGCUCUCCCUCAAGGCAUUCUCAUAGAACUGAUUCUAGAGUGAUUGAGAGAACAUGUGCCAGCACUGAUUAGGUAAUUCAAGUUACCCAGAUUCUUUUUACUGUAUUUGUUGAGCAACUGCGAGCCAUGCUCGUGUUGACCUUUUCACUUGAAUUUUAUAAACGUUCCUUCGGCCACCUUGUAUAUGAUUUAUGAUGUUUUGGUUAGGAAGGUAAGAGGUUCUUUUUUGCAAGUCAUGGUUUUUGGAGAGUAAACUUUGAUAUAAUUUGAAAUGCUAUAUGUAAGAAUUUGUUUGAAAUGCUGUAUAUAUGAAAGAAUUUUUAGCAUAA